GUCUAAAAUAUGCAACUUCUUUUUUUAACAGCUAUAAAAUAUAUUUAAUAGCAGCAACUCAGAACUGUGACUAUUAUUUGUAUAGAACUAAAUAAUUUAUUUUUAAAUGGAGAAACUAGAUUACAUUUCAGAAUAUAAAUUAGUUUCUGAGAUCUAAAUGGGACGGACGGACACACAGGCCACACAAAACUAAUAGCGUAUUUUUCCUUUUCGGGGCCGCUAAAAUAUCAGAUUCACUUGGUAGUUUCAAUAGACUGAGCGCACUCAACAAAUUUUAUUUAUCCAGAUUGAGUAGGCAAACUUAUAUUAUGGAUGCAACUGAGUUUCUAGAAAUUGUGCAAGUAAAUGUUCGUCUCCCCCAAUUUAUGAGCUGCAAGAGUAUGUGCAGUAUUACUGGUGGAUAAUUAUUGGAAGAAAGAAAUGUGGGGCCAUGUUUCCAGAUAUUUUUCUGUAUGGCAUUGAUGAGACUUUAUUCAAUGCUGAAUGAACUAAAAGAGAAAAUUACUGUCCUUGAGUCUAAAAUUGAUCAACUGUCAACACGAUGUUGUUGUAAUAAAAUAGAAUCUAUCAAAAGUCAACAUCACAGGGACUUCAUAACGCAGAAUGAUCCUUGCCUCGAAAAUAAAAACGCGGGAGAAAAGUUUAAAGAAAUUUCCAAUGAAGACAUCAAUCAUCCUAAUCUUCAUAUGAUAGAAGAAAAUCCUCAGUUUAUAGGCCACCAUGAACUACAAAUAUCGGAAGGCGGUGAAGCUGAUCUAACAAGACAUUUGGCUGAAUGUAAGAAGAACCCAGAUCAUCUCCAGUUUAUACCAGUUCAUCAAUUCAAUCUAGAUCAUCUACCUGAAAGUCAUCGAGAUUUGUAUGACCUUAUUAAGGUAGUAGCUGACCUCACAGUCAGAAUAAGUGUCAAAAUGAUCAGCGAACGCAGACCCCAGUUUUGGCCAAAUACUGAACUUCCUUAUUGCUUGAGUGACAAGAGAGGAAACAAGUUCCUAAGGAUCGGAAGUGGAUGUGUAAUAGGCCUGGUCAAGAACGAAGACGAACAAUGUUCUUGUUCUAAUUGCCAAAGUUUGGACAGAGCUCGAAGUAGCUGGAAGAUCAAAAUUUUAACUGCUACACACGUAGUCUUUGACGACAUUGAGGCGAGCGAGACUAGAGUUAGGUUAUUCUUUGAUAGCGAGGACAGCCCUAAAGUUGUUUUUGACAGAGUCGAUCUCAUAAAUGUCAGUACCGAGAUGGACAUCUGUAGACUUGACUAUAAUACUUGCGACAUUAGUUUAGUAGAAAAGUUGGACCAAAUGUGUAAACGUUACAGCGAUGUCCGGAAGAGAGUGUUCGAUAAAUAUAAUGCCACAAGGGAUGAAGACAAGUUAAUGUUUAUAGUCUCACAUCCGCACGGAUGUUCCAAACAAAUCAGCAUUGGUCGUUGGAAUGAUAAAAUUAAAAUCAUAGGUAAUAAAUAUAAAUUUACUUACACAACCUGUACAUGCCCAGGUAGCAGCGGGGCCAGUGUCCACUGUGCUGGUUAUGAUAGAAGUUAUAAUAAAUACUGGUAUGUCCACAGUGGAAGUUUAUCUGGAAUUAACUACAGUAGUGUGGACUAAACAUUUUAACAAUCAGUGGCGUAACUAGGGGGGUGUAGGGGGUGCGGGCCGCACCGGGUGACACCCGAUAGGGGGUGACACCCUAGAGGAAAAUAUGCACUUUUCCAAAAAAAAAAAAAAUACCAUUUUAAAAUUUCACUGAUGCAAGAUUAUACAACAUAAGAAUGGUUGAAUAAACGUUUACUUAAUGGGGAAAAAAUCAAUAGCGAGAUUUUCUUGUUUGAUAAAUAGUUGGCAUGCCGACAAUGAGAAACUCGCGAGAGGAGUGAAGAAAAUUUAUGAGUCUUUCAAAUUUUGAACAUUUUGGCAGCCGGAGUUAUGCUUAAAAAGAUUGACAGGGAAGUCAUUGCUAUGAUUAACGUGUACAUGGGAAAACAGAGGAACAUCUUGCACGUAUAGAUGGCUUACUAUCGCAUUGUUUCUAGCAAAACAAAAGUUGAUAUAUGGUGGCCAAUUGAAAAAUAAUUUUCAUUAAAUAAUGGAAUUUUGUUCUUGGGAUUGUGGAAAUGUUAUCCAAAUUUGACCCAGUGCUAAAAUAAUUACUUAUACGAUUGCAAGACAGCGAUGCAAAAAAAAAUUCCUUUCCAAGCUUCUACCAAAACUCAGAGAGUUAAUAAAUGUUUUAGCAAACCACUUAUCAGAUACAUAAAUGCUGCAAAGUAUCUGGCAUCUUGUAUGGCAAGUUGUAAGAUAUAUUAACAGUUCCAAUGGUUAUGUUGAAAUUACAGAAAUGUUGUAGGAUAUUCCUCUUUAAGUGGACCAAAAGCUGGUAAUAUCAUUUCUGAUAAUUUAAACGCCUGUAAAAAAGAGAUGUGCUAAACGUUUUGUCGAGCUCAAGGACAUGGUAAUGCAGCUACAAUGUCAAGGAUUCAUGAAGAAGUGCAGACAGUAAACUUGACUGUGUACACCGUUUACUUAAGCUUUGUGGUCAAAAUUGUUAGUCAGAAAAUUCAUCUCAUAUACAUUUUUUCGGUUUUCGUUGCAGCUUUUACCAAUAGAUGGGGUAUUUUAAUAAAUGCUAGAGUGUCAUAUGAACAACUCACUGGUGUGCUCAUCGUGUGGCUGUUAGACUCAUGAUGGAACAAUUUUCUGAAAGUGUGACGGCUAAAAUCUUUGCUGUCGCUCUGAAAAUACAAACUCUAGAGGAGCAGCGCAAAGACAACUGUCUGUAAAUACAUACAUACAUUUCAUUGUUUGACUUUCUUGUUGGUAGAUGUACUAAAAAAAGUAAACUAAAUUCAAGAGUACCUUCAAAUUAAAGUGUUAAUUAUUGGCAAAGUGGUGGCUAAGCUAGAGCACUUAAACAUUUACUCUACGAAAUAUGUAAAUAGCUCAAAAUGUUAUUGAGAUUACUUUUGUCAAAUCAAACUUGCAUGUAAUUGCAUCAGAAAAAUAAGUUUUAACAAUAUGAAAAUAUCAGGAAAGUAAUCUUAAGAUGCCGGAUUCACUAUUCUAAUAGAGUAAUACUGAGUGCAUUAAUCUCUUUUGUACUGGGCCAGACGUCAAGAACAGAAUUACCAAAACUAGAAUAAUAGAAUGCAGCAAAGUUUGAAGGACGUCAACGACUCUCUACCAUCCUUUGAAUUAAACCUUUCACUGUUUCUUACCAAAUGUAUGUCUACGUGGCGUCAUGUGAAAAAAAGCUUUUCAAAACUAAAGUUAAUUAACAACUAUUAAUAACUUUUAAAAAACGAAUUUCAAAUCAAGCAAUUCUGUCCGUUGAAAACGAAGUCGCAAAAGAUAUUGAGUUUAAAUUUAUUUACAGAGCUUUCAAAUUUGAAAUCCUGAAAAAUAAAUUUAAGCUAUUUUUUCUAAAGUUAUUGUAAACUUUUAAAUGUUAAAAAAAUAUUUUCUUUUCAAGUUUUUAUACCGAUCCAUAUACUUUUCAUAAAGUUGCAUUUUUUCUUUCAUUAGUCGUCCUCAGGAAACUACCACUAUAAUGCUAAUAAUAUUAAAAAGUUUCCAUUGAAAGUUGUUUAAUGUUUACUAAGGAAAGCAUGUUCACCUGAUGUUUAAUUUGUAUCUAAUUUAAAAAUCUUAGAUGUUAAUCUAUGUAAUAAUUAACGAUAAUAGGUCAAUAAAAUUAAAACAGAAUCGACACUCAUUUUAACGUUGUGUAACAGCAAUCGACGAACUGUAUUACUGCGCAAAAAAAUAACUAAACAAUAAUAGUUUUUUAUUGGGAAGAAAAAGUGGAAUUCUGGGGGGGGGGGGGGGUGACACCCUGAUCUUACCUCACCUAGUGACACCCAUCCUAGUAACGCCACCGUUAACACUAUACUAGAUUUAAGAUAUAUAAUUCAUAUAAAAUUUUUGAAGGCAUGUAUUGUCUUCAGUAAAGCAAAUGAAAAAUACUAGAUAAGAAUAACAAAUGUGAUCAAAUGAAAGAAAUCACACGUUUAUUAAUGUAACAACUUUGUUAUAUAAGAUAGAAGAAAAGAAAAUAUUGGAACAAACACACUUAGAAAUAGCUUCAUUGGAACUUCCUAUAAAUAGAAAAAUUUAUUUAACUAGAAAACAUAACCCCUAACAUUUGGCCGAUAUUUUAAGAAAUACACAGCCAUCAAAUUUUAAAUAUAAUAUAUACUAAAUAGUAUAACAUUUCUAAUUAUCGUCAGUCAUAAUAAACUAUCAGAGUUAUUAGUAUUACCUUAUGGACUUAUAGAAAAUGCUUAAUCAGUUCUACUGUGGAGACAUAAGAGGAGCUUGAAGCUUGUAGUGCUAAAACAAAUUACGUAUAAACAUGACAUGGGAAAUCUAAUGAUAGCAGAUUGAGAAGAUGGUCCAGAAAAUAUGGCGAAUAAUAGACAGUCCAAGACGAGGAUACGAACCAGUGACCCCGACAUCCACUUUCGCCAAUUUUAACCAACUAGCAAAUUGAUUAGUCGCAAUUAAUUCUUUUUUGUAUUUAUAUAGAAAGUGUCCUAUAUAUUUUGCCACAUCCAGGGCAGGUAUAACCAUUGUCCGCAGAUGGUCGAUUUAUAUUUUCUAUAUAUUUUCUAGAUGUAUGUAUGUUAGAUGUACAUAUAUGUAUAUAUAUAUAUAUAUAUAUAUAUAUAUAUAUAUAUAUAUAUAUAUAUAUAUAUAAAGACUUUCAAUGUAUAUACAUAUAUGUACAUCUUAUGUUAUCUUAUAUAGUAUAGACGUUACUUUAAAAAAAGAUGAUUACGUCCUAAUUGUCAUGCAUUUUUAGUCAUGCAUGUUAACCAAUAACGUAAUUUCUGCCAAGUCACUGGUUUUUCUUGCUGACUCAGGCAACCCAUUCCAUGCUCUAAUAGCACUAGGAAAAAAUGAGUACUUAUAAAAAUUUGACCUAUCAUAUGGAGCGAGGAAUGUACUUUUAUAUAUAUACGAAACUUUUGAAAUGGUUUUAGUAAUUAACAUUACACAUUUUUUUUUCAUCUACAAAAAUACACAGUGACAUGCAUGCAUAUAUAUACUGCUGUGGCUGAGGGGUAAAGCACUUGGAACUGUGUCCCGUCAAGUCCCGUGUUCGAAUCCUGGUGAAGACUACAGGUGGACCACUUCGGGGGGCCGAUUUUGAGUUUGUUUGUCCACACAAACUAUCUUUGUAACCUUGUUUGUUUUCAUUUUAUUCAAAUUUUGAUUUUUUUUCUUAAAUGAACACAAACUGUCAGAACACUUUCCUCAAUCGGCUUAAUUCUCUCCAGAAAAGUUCACUUCUUCUGCUCAAAUCUAUUCAUGUACAUGUGUAGGUGUAACAUCAUGUCAUUGUUUUAUUUAAUGUUAUUGAUAUUCGUGUGUACAUAAAAUGUAUUACUUUGAUUAGUUUUAAAUUUGUUGUACAAGUUUUAUUGUAUGUAUUGCUAAGGCAACUCUGUACAUACUAGACAGUAGUGUUACUUUACUUUUUAAGUUGACAUUUUUGUUACGCUUAAUUCUCAUUCUACAUAUUCUCCUUGGUGUAUGUUUGAGAAGAUUGAGUUAUAUAUAGUAGACAAAGACAUUUAUAAUGUUUUCUAUGCUUUUGUCCAAAAUACGGCCUGCGUCCUAGAUCCGUCCGUGACGUGGUUUCAUCUGGCCCGCCGAAACAUCGGUACAAAAUGAAAAAAAAAUUCCUCACCACCUCCUUUUUAUUUUUCAUGAAAUAGAAGAGCAGAAGAAACUACCAGUGGACUCUGAAUUUUGAAUCAUAUCAGGAGAAGUCAACGGAUCUUUACUUUUUGUAGAAAAAAAAAGCCGACAUAUUUUGUGACUGUUUAAAAAAAAGAACUGCACAUAAACGUAGUAUAAAACAAAUAUGACGUCAUUCUUGGUGAGAGCUGCAAGUAAACAUUGUUAAACCACGCCUAGAGAUUGGAAGAUUGAUGACAAAAUUUACCAAAAAAAGAGACAAGACAAUGAGUGGUUGGUAAAACUAGCUACAAUGUUGCUCACAUUUUAAGUAGAGAAAUGAGGCUAGUUUCCGACGCGUAAAAAAAUAAACUUCCAAAAAAUAUCUUAAUAAAUUAAUAUGAUAGAUUCACAAGUUUCUAACUAAAUUGUUUCUGGCCACGAGCUCAAAUUCUAGUCGUUCCCCCUUUAAAAAUGCUUUUGAAAACCAGUUUCAGUUAAAAUCCACCAGAUAUCUCCCUCUUUCUUCCCCCACCCCAUUUUAUAAACUUUUCCAGACAAAUGAUAAAAUCAUAGCGUAGUGAGAAAGCUAAAAGUAUGAAAUAAGGCUAAACAAAAACAAUGGGUAAAAAUAUUAUUAAUCGCACAGAUUUAUUGCUGUUUUCUAGAUCAAUUACACAUUUAAUUACAUGACUGAUUGAUACAACUACACCUAAUAUAAGCUUUGUUUUUUUUAAACGACAUUUCGUUCUAUUUUGCUUGUUUUUUCGAUUAUAUUUAUAAUAUAAAAUACGUUACUUUUAAGUAUCUUCAACAUUUUAGUUUGUUAAUUAUAAGUAGUUUUUUUUAAUACUAUUGUUAAAUUUGACAAUAUGGCUAUUAAAUGAAAAUUAGCUCCUAAUUAUUUUUAAGUAAUAUUUGUACUAAAUUACAGGACAUCUUAUUCUACCAGAGUGGUAAGUUGCUACUUAUUCGGUAUAUGUAAGCGACUUAAGUGAAUGUGCUUGUAUAAGGAGAAACAUAUUAGCAGUCAUGAAGCACUAUUUACAAAAGCUUUUUUAUUGCCUUGAAACCUGCAGCUUUACGUUUGGGAUCAAAACUAUUUUAAAUAAUUUCUUGGAAAUGAUUUGUUUGAAGUUGAUGUCUAUCGUACUACUGAAUUCGUUUCUACGUUUUCCCCACCCUAGAUUCGAAGGACCCUAACCUAUGCCUUUCUUUAAUUUCAACUAUUUGAUGUUGACGGAGUUAUUAUAUUGGAUAUUUAUUCAUUAUACACAGUUCAUGCUCCUUUUUUUCAUUAAUCAUUGUUUCUUUA